AUGCCGGCGUCAUCAUGCACUCCAAAGAGAGCCAUUUGUGUGAAAUCUGCAGAAAUUUCUCAGAUAACGGCAUACGAGGAUGGCAAUCAAGGAGUAACGACAACAGGAAACCUAGCAAUCGGUUCGGAUAAUUCCACGUCUGGCUACGGUUUCUGGAUGUCUUCGUGUAUUGCGGGGCACAGUGCACGUCUUUCAGAGAUAACAGCGUCGGAUAUUAGGCUUCAGCACCUUCCGUUGGAGGUUUCUCUGGCGGUGCUACCGUCCUCCUCAAUUACGGUAGCCAAGAGACGGUCUCAAGGACCACAUUUGCUGUUGACUGAAGAAACCAUGCUUAGCGAAUACCCACAACUUGAACCCUCUGCUCUGGGGCGCCUGAAUGUCGGAGCAGACGACGGUGGGACGGUGGAAGCGGAACCAGCCGACGAUGCCAGGGAAAUGCCUGGGACUGUCUCUCCUCUGUCGGUUGGCCCGGACUCCGGCGAGAGCUUUCGUACGACUGCAUGUGCCGAAGGGCUGCUGUAUGAACUGCAUGAGGAGCGUCGUGCACUGGACUCGCUCGACGGGACGGUUCGCCAGUGUCAAACAGACGACUCUGAUAUCCACGAUGGCUACGCCAGCAUGGACGACUUCGAUUCUGCGGUAUCAUCGGAAACGAUGACACGAGCAAUUGAGGCGUGCGACGGUAACAUGUUUUCCAAGCCCACCUUUGCAGUUGCCAGCAGCCACCCUGAAGCAGAUCUUCACGUACCAGGAGUGUGCUUUCAGAUGCAUCCUGAUGUCCACGAUGGAGCCUGGUCGGAUAUCGUCCUAACGAGAGGCCAGGAUCCAUGUGUCUGUGUUGUGGGAUCCGUCGUCAUUGGAAAGAGUAACCAGAUGCCUAUUGGUGUGAAGGAGCCGGGACAAGGACUGUCGCCGGAAGAAACGGGAGGGCAACACGAUGCAGAUCCACACGCUGCCGGCGGGGUUUGUCAGUCCGGAGCAGCCGCGCGUUAUCCGUACAUCAUGCAUGAUCGAGAAACGAAAUGCUCAGCAGCAGCAGGUGGUAAAUCACACACCGAUGCUGGUAAAGGCAAUAAAAUCAAGACACCCAGCUCUGCUCUGGAGCGCGUAAGAGGUUCAUCGGAAGGGCGUUGUUCGCUGCCCGCGCGACUACUGCAUCACGUAUGCCAAAGGGUUCAGGCAUAUGACCAAUAUAGAAUGAAUAAGAGUCAUCUGCUCAUCGUUGGAUCUACGGCGCUCAUUGCAGUAACCAUCGCGGUGUUACUAAUCUGCAUCGUUCACGCUCUGCUGGGCAAAAAUCCUGCUGUGGCGGAAGCGCCGUUCCUCAGCUGA